AACCCUAACCAAAAGCAUAUUAUUAUAUGAUCAUUAAAUUAAUAUAUCAGUUUCCUUAAUAAUUUCCAGCUGUUCUUCUUCAAUCACUCUUGUACUCCCAAAUUUUCAGCCAUUUUUAAUUAAUAUAUUCACACACAAAUCCCCAUAAGCUCAUUUUUUACAUGCAACUUUCUUGAAAUUCGAUCCUCUUAUCCAGUUUUAUUGGAGAUUAUAUCAAUUUUGUUGCGUGUAAACAUCAAUUACAAGGAGUUGAAGAUCAUCUGCAAUAAAGUGCCUGGUUUAAUCGACCAGACUAGCUAAAGAGUUGUUGAAACAGAUGGAACAGAAGCAGCACACACCAAGUGUUAUAGCAAGGCUGAUGGGCAUUGACGAGCUUCCACCUCAGCAGCCUCUCCCUGCUAAGAAAAGGAGAGUACUCUCUGAGAACUAUCUCCGGAACACGGCUACUAUAGGUUUGCGAGAGAAGAGCUCAUUCUCUGUUGGCCUCUCCCGUGGAAUAAAUACUCAGAAGCAUCAAGUAGCUAAACAUGUAUUCGGAGUUGAGAUGCCAGAUAUUUAUAGCCAUGAAAAAGCAAGCCAAAAUGCAGCCAAGUUGAAGAGGCAGAAAUAUAGUGAUUCUAGUUUUACAUCAAUGAAGGAGAAGAAUUCUUACUUUAAGCUCUCCAAAGGUACCUCAGAAUGUUUACUAUCUGAAAAUACUUCGAGAUCUCUUCAUAGACUUGGGAUUGGUACAACAAAAGAUGAUGUUGGAGAAUGUGCUAUUCAUCACUUGAAGAAAAUAAACUCAGAGUUUGAUCCAAACAGAAACAUGCUUCAUCCGUCUGGAAGAAUUAUUGCGCUCAAACCUAGCUCUAGAAAGUCUCGUAACACCAAAAACCAGUCAUUUUCUCUUAGGCCUGCUGUGGAAUCCGAUCCUGUUGAUUCGAAGUACAAGGAAUUCACAAAAAAUGAAAUUGGGGCAGUAGUUAUUGAGAAAUCAGGAAGAGCAAAUGGUGUUAAUAGCUUGGAACCUCUAAACAUUGGGGUUAGAGUUCCAAGGAAAAUAGCACAGACAAGGAACCUUGGACAACACGAACUUAAUCACAGUUUAAAACUCACAUCAAGAGCAGAAAGCAUCAGCAACACUUUUCUGAAGGCCGAGGUUCUAAAUCCGCCCUCUUCAAAUUUAUUUACUACAAGAAGAGGAGAUGAUACUUCCUUUUCAAAGAGGUCAUCUUUUGCCAAAGAAGAGAAGAAGCAAAUCAUUGAAAGAUGGAAACUGACGAAUGAUUUUCAAGAAGUUGAAAUAGCUCGUAGAAGCCUGAGUCAUGGAGAAAUGCUUGCUAUGGAUGACUUAGAAACGAGGCCUCAAUAUUUGGACACACAACGUGACAAACAUAGUUUUGGCAGUUCAUUCAGUAUGCACAUUGGGAUCUCGGGCUCGUGCAAUCCUCUGGGUAUCAGUAGCAAGGACGGCUGGAAGGAUGACUACAGCAGAAAUUCGCCAAUUCCAAACCAUUCUAUUGAUUCUAGGAUAGCCUCUGGAAAUCCUGAAGGGACGAUUGGCAAUAAAGCUUCUCUUUAUGGAUGGCAUCUAAGGCAGAAAGUAGCUGUUUCUGAGAAAAAUUCCAAGUCUAUGAACCGAAAGCAGAAAGAUAGUGCGGAAUAUAGAGACUUAAACUUGAAGGAAGCCGAUCAGUGUAGUCCAAAUUCCGUUCUGGAGCCACCUUUCCAGGAAGAGAAGCUCCGAACCUCUGAAUUCCAUGUCUUAUGUAGUGUAGCAGCACAACUUCAGUUUCCUGAGACCAACUCCGAGGAAAUAUAUUCAGAAGGAUCUGAAAUGGGUGUCUCGAAUGAUGAACACUCCGAGAGAGGGUCUCUUGAUCUCCUUCAAGAUAGUGAAAACAUAUUGCCGGACUUCAAAGUUGCAGAAAGCAGGGACUUCUCCUACCUGGUUGAUGUUUUAGAUGAGGCCAGUUUGCAUGGCAUGAACCUAGGAAUUUGUUUUGAGACGUGGCAUUCUUUGGACUGCCCUGUGAACCCCUCAGUGUUUGACUUAUUAGAGAAAAAGUACGGGAAGCAAACAUCUUGGCUAAAAUCAGAGAGGAAGCUUUUGUUUGACCGCAUAAAUUCAGGGCUGAGUGAGAUUUUGCAUUCAUUUCUGGAUAUCUACAUAAGGGAAAAAUCUUUGAGGAGAAGGUGUUGUUCUGCAUUGAGGAGAAUUGACGUUGAAGAAGAGUUGUGGAUGAUACUGGUUAGUCAGGAAAAUGAAGUGCGCAAGGACUUGUCCGGAAAGGCAAUUGGAAAUGAAACCAAAUGGUUGCAGGUUGAGGAGGAACUUAGUAGCAUUUGUAGAGAAAUAGAGAAAUAUUUGUUUGAUGAGUUAGCUGCAGAAUUAGCAUUGCAUUGAAAGCAUAUAAAAUGGGAUUUUUGGCCGCUUAUGUUUUCCCACUAUUUCCCUCCUCAAGUUACUGGGAAUAGAUUUAGUUUUUUCCAACAGCAGUUUUGAUCUGAAAGUAUAGGAUGUUGUGUAGAGAAUCUGAAAGAUGUGGCGCUAUUUAUUCUUAUAUUCAUCAAACACUUUGUGCAAUUCUUGUUUUUCUGUAGAAUAUCCCAUGCUGAUGCAUGUAAGAGAUUUGGUGUAAAUGACUAAAUAUGAAUACUAUUGGUAUAUUUCUGAAGGCAGAGAGCCAGAAAUUUAAAGGAAAUUAUCACUGA